GAUAGCGUUGUUACACAUGUUCUUGCAAGGCACUGAGAUGAAGACAAUCGUAUCUGUUGUUUUGUUUGUUUGCGCAGGAAUCGCCAUUGAUGCAGCAAACCCAUGCUGCUCUCAACCAUGUCAGAACAGAGCAGUGUGUAUGACAAGGGGGUUUGACCACUACGAAUGUGACUGCACGGGCACCGGAUUUUAUGGAGAAAACUGCACGACCCCCGAAUUCUUUACAAGGAUAAAGGCAGCCAUGAAGCCCAGCCCCAAUACUGUGCACUAUUUUCUUACCCACUUCAAGGGGUUUUGGAGCAUUAUUAACAAUAUUUCAUUUCUAAGGGAUUUUAUUAUGAGUUAUGUAUUAACAUCCCGGUCUCACUUGAUUGACAGCCCUCCUACCUAUAAUCUUGAUUAUGGAUACAAAAGCUGGGAAGCCUAUUCUAAUAUCUCCUACUACACCAGGAGCCUUCCUCCCGUGCCUGAGGGAUGCCCAACACCUAUGGGAGUAGCAGGAAAGAAAACACUUCCUGAUGCAAAAUUAAUUGUUGAAAAAUUCCUGCUGAGAAAAAGAUUCAUCCCGGACCCUCAAGGCACCAACUUGAUGUUUGCAUUCUUUGCUCAGCACUUCACCCAUCAGUUUUUCAAGACAGAUCACAAAAAGGGUCCUGCCUUUACAAGUGCAACUGGACAUGGUGUUGACUUAACCCAUAUCUAUGGACAGACCCUUGACAGGCAGCACAAACUCAGGCUUCAGAAAGAUGGAAAAAUGAAAUACCAGAUGAUUGAUGGGGAGAUGUACCCUCCCACUGUAAAGGAGGCUCAAGUGGACAUGCACUACCCUCCCCACGUUCCAGAGGAGCACAAGUUUGCUGUGGGUCAUGAAGUCUUUGGCCUGGUCCCUGGGCUUAUGAUGUAUGCCACCAUCUGGCUGAGAGAACACAACCGUGUCUGUGACAUCUUGAAACAGGAGCACCCCGAGUGGGAAGACGAGCAGCUCUUUCAAACCACCAGACUUAUCAUGAUAGGUGAGACCAUCAAAAUCGUGAUUGAAGAUUAUGUUCAGCACCUGAGCGGGUAUCACUUCAAGCUGAAGUUUGACCCCGAGCUGCUGUUUAACAAGCAAUUCCAGUACCAGAAUCGGAUUGCAGCCGAGUUCAACACCCUCUACCACUGGCACCCACUCAUGCCUGAUUCGUUCUUUAUCCAAGACAAGGAGUACAGCUACCAACAGUUCCUCUUCAACAACUCUCUGGUGAAGGAGCAUGGCAUCAGCCACCUGGUUGAAUCUUUCACCAAGCAAAUUGCUGGCAGGGUUGCCGGUGGCAGAAAUGUGCCCCCAGCUGUCAUGAAGGUAGCACUGGCUUCCAUUGAACAGAGCAGACAGAUGAAGUACCGGUCCAUGAACGAGUACAGGAAACAAUUCACCAUGAAGCCUUACCACUCAUUUGAGGAACUCACUGGAGAGAAAGAAAUGGCAGCUGAACUGAAGGAGCUAUAUGGAGAUAUUGACGCGAUGGAGUUGUAUCCCGGCUUACUCGUCGAGAAGCCUAGACCUGGUGCCAUCUUUGGGGAGACCAUGGUGGAAAUGGGCGCCCCCUUUUCCCUCAAGGGCCUUAUGGGCAAUCCUAUCUGUUCCCCGCAAUACUGGAAGCCAAGCACCUUUGGCGGGAAAGUGGGCUUUGAGAUUGUGAAGGACGCCUCCCUACAGAAGCUUGUCUGCCGCAACGUUAAAGGGCCUUGCCCAGUGGCGUCCUUUCAUGUGCCUGAACCGGAUCAUGCAGGCUCUGCAAACACCAAUGCAAGCACCGCUCACUCUGGGAAAAGUGAUGUUAACCCCACUGUGCUCCUGAAAGAGCGGACUUCUGAACUUUAAAAAAAAACCUAAUGAAAAAUACUGCUAUUUAUUUAUUUAUUUAUUUAUUUGUUAUUUUAAAUUAAUACGUUCAAGAAACAAGUGUGCACAUAUUUAUUGAAAUAUCAUGAUUUUUUUUUUUUU